CAACAAAAUCUUUCUCUUUAUUUUUGUAUCUCCUUAAAUUUAUUCUUCUAAAUUCUUCUCCGUCUCAAUAUAAAUUCCACCGUUCCUUGCUCUGAUUUGAUUCAAAAGAGAACACUUUUCUACAACGCUAAAACUCUCUUAUCUUAACUUCUUAUUCUUUCUGCUUUACUUUGCUUUGCUAUUCUCUGGUCUGCUCUGUUGUUUGGUUUGAUUGGAUCGAUAUGUCGAAGAACGUUCUGGUGACCGGCGGAGCAGGUUAUAUUGGGAGCCACACGGUGUUUCAGUUGCUGUUAGACGGUUACAGAGUGGUGGUCGUUGAUAAUCUGGACAAUUCCUCCGACGUUGCUAUCGAAAGAGUCGAAGAGCUCGCCGGUGAACUCGCCAAAAGCCUUUCUUUUCACAAGGUGGAUCUUCGGGAUAGACAGGCACUCGAAGAAGUUUUUGCUGUGACAAAGUUUGAUGCUGUGAUUCACUUCGCCGGACUAAAAGCAGUCGGUGAAAGUGUACACAAACCGUUGCUCUAUUACGACAACAAUCUCAUCGGGACGAUCACACUAUUGGAAACAAUGGCUGCACACGGAUGUAAAAAUCUCGUGUUUUCGUCAUCGGCUACCGUUUAUGGCUGGCCAAAGGAGGUUCCAUGUACCGAGGAGUUCCCUUUGGCCGCAGCCAAUCCGUAUGGACGAACCAAGCUUUUCAUAGAAGAGAUCUGUCAAGAUCUCCGUCGUUCUGAUUCUGAAUGGAAGAUCAUACUUCUAAGAUAUUUUAAUCCGGUUGGUGCACAUCCUAGUGGCUACAUAGGUGAGGAUCCCCGGGGCACUCCGAACAAUCUCAUGCCUUUCGUGCAACAAGUUGCUAUUGGGAGGCAACCGGCAUUGACAGUGUUUGGAAACAAUUACUCGACAAAGGACGGUACAGGGGUACGUGACUACAUUCACAUCGUUGAUUUAGCAGACGGCCACAUUGCUGCAUUACGUAAACUAUCUGAUCCAAAAAUAGGAUGCGAGGUCUACAAUUUAGGUACCGGAAAGGGAACAUCGGUUUUGGAGAUGGUUGCUGCAUUCGAGAAGGCAUCCGGAAAGAAAAUUCCUUUGGUGAUGGCGGGACGUCGACCCGGUGAUGUCGAAACUGUUUAUGCUUCAACGAAGAAGGCAGAGCAUGAAUUGAAUUGGAAGGCAAAAUACGGCAUCGAGGAGAUGUGCAGGGAUCAAUGGAACUGGGCCAGCAAGAACCCGUAUGGAUACGCAUCUCCGAACUUGAAUUAACUCGGUGCCAAUACUUUUGUCAGGUCACACAAUACCUAUGAGAAUAGAUUUUCCUAACUUUUUACAGAUUUAAUUGAGUUGAUUUAUCAUUUUAGAUGAUUUAUAAAGAAUAAGGUGGGAAUUUGUUUUGAUCAAAGCUUUGUGUAGGUAGUUGGUCUUUUAAACGAGUUGCUGCCGUUGGUGAUUGUUGUCCAAAUUUUAAUAACACUAUCCUCUUUGUCUUC